AUGCGCGGCCUCCAUUUCGCUAUUCGUUUCACCAUUCGCGAGACCUUUGACCAGUUAUUUAUCUCAUACCCGCCUUGUAUUGAUAGGCUUUCUUUUCGUCAUCCUCACAUCCAUGUUUCCACAACAGCAUCCGUUCUUUUCGACAUUGUUUCGCUCGAUUCUAUGAUUUCCUUACUCUAGUCCUGUCGUCCACUCUAGCUUCUUGUUUUGUCAUAGUUCAUGUCCAGUUUUCUCGUUGUUCUAAUACUAGUGUCUAACCAACGA